AUGUCAGACGUAGUAAAAGCUGGUUCGGAAAUGAUGCCUUCUCUUAAGAUGGCUGGAGCGUUGACUGUGCGAGCACUGGAUACUUUGCCGUUACCGCUACUCGUGGUAGUGUUCUUAGCAUGUUUGGCACUACUCCAAUGGCCGAUCGCACCCACUCCAUCACUCUUACCUACAUUCACUCCUCCCACCCUCGAAAAAGACAGAUUAUCCCCUCUACCAAUGAUCGAAAACAAACCUCUAUUCGCUUUCACACCCUUAACACCGCUCACUGCUCAUCUCCAAAUAUAUGCCCCAACUGCUACCGCUUCUCCGACACCCUCUUCCAACCCUAUGAAACAGAGCGGCAGGAAUGUCAGGAGGGGCAGUAAACAGUUGUUAUUACGGGAAUGGAGAUUGAACUUGGGUGUAGUAGAAGAAGAUGAAGGUGAAUCGAAUACGAUAAUGAAUGUCAAUCCCAUACAGGUAGUUUAG